CGCUGAGUUCAUGAACAGCAUGGUGCACUAUUUAUCCAACGUAAGCGGCCGGACAAUCUCAGAAAAUGUGCGGAACGUCAUGCUUACUUGCAUGACUAACAACUUGGUCAGACAUGUGAACUGGCGUGGUGUGCAUGAGAAGUAUAAACUAGCGAACACACCAUUCGCGCGAGCGGUCCUUGAUGCCAUUAUGGGAAAAAACAUACCAGGAUGCACAGAGCCUGAUAUCGUUGACAAGUUACGACGCUGGAUACAACGAAUAAAAGAGCGUGAAUCCGGGAUACGAAAGGAAACAGAACGGUUAUCACUGCAAGAUUCCGCU